CGGCAAAUAAAAUUAUAGGAGUAUGGCAAAAAAGGACGCUUGAACAGUCAUCGAGUAGUGCGUCUCACUAGCUUGUCACUUACUUCUAUGCUUGUCGCGCUUGGCCUUUGCUUGCGGCCUAAAAUGCGGCCCUAAACUGCACUAACGCAAUUAUGAUGUGGUGGCAACGCAUUCCACCUUCACCCACUUUACCCCGAAGGAGCGCUGUAUACUGAUUAAUCUACGCAUUAUACGCAUAUCGUAAGGGGGCCUACGUUCGACUUGUUCGCGUUCUAGAGGCGUUCGAAAGGGAUGGGCGGCUGUGUAUGCUUUCUUUCGUGGUUCGGUAACAAGGAACCUUCCGCCAGAGCAGCCACGACCAACGCUGAUACUGGUGGCAUAGCAGCCUCCAGAACCAGCGUUACCAUCUCGCCCGAGGAUAUCCAAAUCCGUGAGGAUGUCGCGCAGACCGCCUAUACCAAAGCUGCCAGUGGCACCGGCGCACUCAUCACAGUGAUGUCCAUCAUGCCCGACCCCUUUGGCAUCAGCCCCGCCCUCAGCUCUGCACUGAAGCUCAUCCAGGAGCGCGCGAAUGGUGCGGUGACUAAUACGGCCAACUGCAAGAAGCUCUUGGAUACGGUGCUGUGGACGCGCGAGGUGCUAAAGGACGCUGGCGUGGAGGAGGGAGCAUGGGCAAAGGUGGAGAAAGAGAGGCGGGACUUGGAGACAGCAGUGCAGAAUGCGGCGGCUUUCCUGGACAAGUUCGGCAAGAGCCGCUUCCUGACCCGGCUUGCCCGCGCCAGCAGUGACAAGGAUGACUUCGAGAAUCACAAUACCAAUGUAGCACAGUGCACAGUGCGCCUGACCACCACUCUUGCUGUCAAGUGCUGCCUGUCGUCCCCACCUGCUGUGACCUACGACGACGGUGGUUCCCCUGCCCUGCGGGCUGAGCUGUGCCGGUUGGGCGGCAGUGAGGACGUGCAGGAGGCCAUGGCGGUCGUGGUGGCAGACCCCGAACUGCUGCGGCAGCUGAAACAGCACAUGCGGCCGGAGGCGCAGAUCCAGUUUACACUGCUCGAGUCGGCACUAGCAGACCUUGCUGAGGCGGCGCGGCAUGUCAACCUGCCUGACAAGCUGCCGCGUGAGCUGCGGCGCUUCUGGCACGAUCACUUCAAUGCUGUCAGUGUCAACUUUGACGCCUUUUUCAAAGUGGUCGUAUCCACAACUAAGGACAGAGUGCCCUACCUGGCCUCGGCUGUCAAGGAGCGAGCAAUUAAGCUCCUCAACCUGGGAGCCUGUGAGGUGUUGAAUGGGCCAGGCUGCUGGGAGCAGCCCGAGUGGCUGUUGCGGCAGCUGCUGCAGGGACACAUAGACCUCGACGGCAAUGGUAUUGCGCACACGGAGCGGUAUUACGGCUUUUACUUGCGGUGCUGUGAGUGGGCAGCCUUGGCCGGCGUCUCUGAGCCAGCCAACUUGUCAUCCUGCAUCGACCUGCUGUGCGCCCACUUUGACCCCAAGCUCCUCUCGGCGGUUGAUCAGGAGGAGCUGCGGGAGCUCAAGGCCGUGCUGAAGCCCUUCAACUUCUCCUCGGAUGUGACGAACCAUCUCACGCGCUUCCUGCCGGGCAGCCGGUCCUGGCUAUUCCAGGCGUACACGGAGUGGCUUGCCAAGGACCCAAAGGACCCCAACUACCGUGCUCUGGUGCUUUACGGCGGCCCGGGGCUGGGCAAAUCCACAGUGGCCGCGGCGCUGGUGUCUAAGCACGUGUUCACCAAGGAUGCGGACACAGGUGGUGGGGAGCUGGUGGGCUCGGCGGUGGCUGGGCACUACUUUUGUAGGCACAACGAUAACAACCGGAAGGACCCGGUACUGCUGAUGCGCACACUGGCCUACCAGCUGGCCACUGCCCUGCCCGCCCUGCGCCCGCACCUGAUGCCACCCGCGCUGUCUGCCAAGGAGGUGGCGGAACUGCGGGACGUGGAGACUGCCUACCAGAGGCUGCUGGCGGGGCCGCUGGAGAGCGUCAAGGAUGAGCUGGCAGCCCUGACCCAGCCAUUGGUGGUGGUGAUCGACGCACUAGAUGAGAUGGAGCUGGCGGGCUCGGCUGGUGGUGGUGGAGCGCAGAAUACGCUGCUGCGGCUCAUUCGUGAGCACUUCGUCAACCUGCCCCCGGCCGUCCGCUUCAUGCUAACCACACGACCUGAGCCGCAUAUCACCCAUGCGCUGAACAUGUGCUUCCGCCCGUUCAUCAUCGAGCCAGACGACCCGCGCCACCUGGAAGACCUCCGGCAGCUCAUCGCUCAUGAGCUGGGCAGCCGGCUGGUGGUGCAGGGGGUUGGGGCAGGGGGGCAGGCUGCUGACACUGUUGGUGGCAUUGGCGAGGAUGUUCGUAAGCCGACCACUAAGGAGUUGGGUGAGGCGGUGGACCUGCUGCUGGACAAGAGCAAGGGCUCCUUCGUGUACGUGGCCAGGCUGAUGGAUGGGCUGAAUGCCAAGGCCCACUGGAGCUUAGCGGACUUGGCGGCCUUCCCCGAGGGCCUCUACGCCACUUAUACCGACUUCCUGCAGAAGCACAUCGGUGCUCCUGACAGCUCCACAUUCGUGGGCGUCAAGCGCCUGCUGCAGCUGCUGCUGGCGGCCCAGGAGCCGCUGCACGUUGACAUGCUGGCAGCAGCCUGGAACAGCAGCGGGCUGCAGGUAGGUGGCGUGCGGCAGCAGCUGCGGCCCAGUGAGGCGCAGCAAGAGGUCAAGCAGCUGCUCAGCAAGCUGGGCUCCCUCUACAUGCUACGUGACAACCACAUGCUGGUCUUCCACAAGUCCUUCCACGACUUCCUGUCAGCCCCCGACCUUGAUGGUGGCGCGUCCAAUUUCUACUGGGUCGACCCACUGCCAGGGCAUGCCUUGCUGGGUCCCGUGGGGGUCCAGCUUGUGUCGCAGCAGGCGGCCAAGGCCGCGGGCCUGCUACCUACACCCUCCAUCUCAGCCCUUAUGCUGCCCGCUGGUAGCACCAGCACCAACAGCACGGGCACUAGCAGUAGUAAGACAGCAGCAAAGCAGUGGUCAGCCAGCUACAGCCGCCAGUACACAGUGCGCCACCUGGUGCAGGUGCUUAACCAGGCGGAGGAGGACCCGGAGGGGGCUGACCUAGCCUGCCGCCUGCUGGAGGAGCUGCUGGGGGACUUUGACUACGUGUAUGAGGUGUUCAGCAGCGGUGUGGGCCACAGCGUCAUCAGGGACCUUCGUGCCCUCGAGCAUCUUAGCAGGACAUCCAAGCUGUUUGAUGCACUCCGAUGGUUAAGCAGCUGGCAGCAUGAAUUGAAAGAAGCUGGGAGUGCAAAUGGCGUGGUGGUCACGUGCCUGAAGUGUCCAAUUGACACAGCUGUCUUUAGGCAGGCCCAAGCACAUUAUCGAGUAUUGUCCGCGACACAGGGCCUUCAGUCCCAAUGGAGGCUCAAAUGCAAGCUUGGGGCACCCAGGACCUGGACUGCACAGCAUCUGAAACUCACGGGACAUAAUGGCGACAUCUACAGUGUGGCAUGGGGACCGGAUGGCCGGUCGCUGGCCAGCGGCAGCGAGGACAAGAACAUCCGGCUGUGGGAUGCAGCCAGUGGCGAAUGCACUGCCAUCCUGCAGGGACAUGAUACAAAUGUCUACAGUGUGGCAUGGAGCUCAGAUGGCCGGUCGCUGGCCAGCGGCAGCGAGGACACGUACAUCCGGCUGUGGGAUGCAGCCAACAGCGAGUGCACUGCCACCCUGCAGGGACAUGAUGGGGCAAUCAGCAGCGUGGCAUGGAGCCCGGAUGGCCGAUUGCUGGCCAGUGGCAGCACUGACAACACCAUCCGGCUGUGGGAUGCACCCAGUGGCGAGUGCACUGCCACACUGCUGGGGCAUAAUGGAGACGCCAAGAGCGUGGCAUGGAGCCCCGAUGGCCAGUCGCUGGCCAGCGGCAGCUCCGACAGCACCAUCCGGCUGUGGGAUGCAGCCAGCGGCGAGUGCACUGCGACCCUGCAGGGACAUCCUAGCUCCAUAUACAGUGUAGCAUGGAGCCCGGAUGGCCGGUCACUGGCCAGCGGCAGCUGGGACAACACCAUCCGGCUGUGGGAUGCAGCCAGCGGCGAGUGCACUGCCAUACUGCAGGGGCAUCAGAACACUAUUCACUGCGUGACAUGGAGCCCGGAUGGCCGGUCGCUGGCCAGUGGCAGCAGGGACAAGACCAUCCGGAUGUGGGAUGCCACCAGCGGCUUGUGCACCGCCACCCUGCAGGGACGUGACGGGGUCAUCAACAGCGUGGCAUGGAGCCCGGAUGGCCGGUCGCUGGCCAGCGGCUGCAAUGAUUACGCAGUAAACUCGAAGACCAGCUUCAUCCGGCUUUGGGAUGCAGCCAGCAUCGACAGCACAGCCGCGUCACUGCAGGGACAUGAUGGUGCCGUCUACAGCGUGGCAUGGAGCCCGGAUGGCCAGUCGCUGGCCAGCGGCAGCGCUGACAACGCCAUCCGGCUGUGGGAUGCAACCAGUGGCGAGUGCACUGCCAAGCUCCAAACGCAGGGACAUGGAAUCGGAAUCAACAUCGCAUGGAGCCCGGAUGGCCGGUCGCUGGCCAGCUGCAGCUGUGACGAGCCCAUCCGGCUGUGGGAUGCAGCCAGCGGCGAGUGCACUGCCACCCUGCAGGGUAAAGACAUCCUCAGGACUGCAUGGAGCCCGGAUGGCCGUUCACUGGCCAGCGGCAGCAUUGACAGCACCAUCCGGCUGUGGGAUGCAGCCUGCGGCGAGUGCACUGCCAUUCUGCAGGGACAUCAUAACACCAUCACCAGCAUCGCUUGGAGUCCAAAUGGCAGGUCGCUGGCCAGCAGCAGCGAGGACAAGACCAUCCGGUUGUGGGCUGCAGCCAGCGGGGACUGCACCGCCACCCUGCAGGGACACGGGAAAGCCAUCAACAGCACUGCAUGGAGUCCGGACGGGCAAUUGCUGGCCAGCGGCAGUGAGGACAAGACCAUCCGGCUGUGGAAUGCAGCCAGCGGGGAGUGCACCGCCACCCUGCAGGGACACGAUAGAGCCAUCUGCAGCGUGGCAUGGAGCCCGGAUGGCCGGUCGCUGGUCAGCGGCAGCAUUGAUAAGACCAUCCGGCUGUGGGAUGCAGCCAGCGGCGAGUGCACUGCCAUACUACAGGGACAUGAUGGUGCCGUCUACAGCGUGGCAUGGAGCCCGGAUGGCCAGUCGCUGGCUAGCGGCAGCUAUGACAAGACCAUUUGCAUAUACAGCACAAGACAAGUAUGAAAGCACUCUGCUGUAGCACUGGCCCGCACGAUGUAGCUGGGGUCUAAGGGGGUCAAUCUCAGUUUGGAGCAACGAACACUGGCACGCUGUGUAUCCGUAGCCAGCUGUGCCUUUGUACCAAGCGCUGUUAAACUAAGAGCUUUCAUCUGACUAUGUGUAGACUGCUUCACUUGCAGUGUCCACUGCUCUUACCACUGAGUGGAAUUUUACGUAAGGCUUUCUUGCAUCAGCAGUCGCUUCAGGCAUUGGGGGGAACUAGCCUGUGUAUGCCAACACCACCACCGCUGGUAAUUUAAGUGUCCUCAUACAAUAACAUACGUACUGCACCCGUGCGUCCGCAGAAAACUGCCCUUUAUUUGCGGCAACCUGUCACUAUGAGGCGUGUUGCACCAGGAAAGAAGUGUGGCUGCUAUGUUGUUUUGUGCUUGUGGCUGUACGGUGCUUUAGGCAGGGUUAUGCGUAGGCAUGUCGGCGUAUAUUAUACUAUGCGUUACGUAUACGCAUAUUUAUGCGUAUAAUACACGUAUAAAGUUUUAGGGCAGCGUAUGCGAAAUACGUACAAAAGCCCAAUUCCGUAUACGGGGAAGCCUGGUCGUGUAUGCCGUACAACAGGAAAACGCCACAAACCCGGCGUGCAGUUGGCGUGUAGGGGGGCUGUGGGCGCCUAGAGGCUGGUACAUGCGGUGUUUGCCCUGUUAGACCCCAUUUAUCUACGUUGUGUAUGGUGGAACCGGUAUGAGCGUGGCCCUAGACCGGUAUGUCUACGGUCAGCCAUGUACGCAUACGUGUAUAAUACGCAUUAUACGCAUAUUUAUGCGCAUGAUACCGUAUACCAGCUCCCAAUAUACGUAUACACGACAUGCCUAGUUAUGCGGAGUUUCAAUCCAUUUUCCUAAUGGUGCCGUGUACCAGUUAUGUCUUUGUAUGUGUAGGGACAUUACGGAGCAAGUAUGACUUUCAAUACGGGCCGACCGGGGCGGUUGUGCGAUUAUCUGGCCUGUAGGCCAUGCAUAUUAGUCAAGUCAGUGACAAGGAUUGCUGAGCCACAAGAGCAGCGUUGACACAGCAGGUUACAUCAUAAUUACAAUGACGUUGAUGUACCGGUACGGCAGUUUGUGGGCAUGUCUAUACAAAAACGGUUAUUUAUGAGAAAGACCCGGCACAGGCUGGACCUACGCUUGAUUCGGACUCCGAGACCAUUGCAAAUGCUCUGACACCAACGGCUGUGUCUUGUGUGGGUCGCACGAUGGCAUUUCGCGACGUUCAGGCAGGUAUGUCCUUGGUGACCAGGCGAUGCUACAAUAGUAAAAACCAAUUAUUAUUGCAAAUAAGUCUUGAUGUAUACCGGUCUGGAACGGUUAGAAGGGGCGACGCACAAGGAUAUUGUGGUUGGCUUAUUUCGCUUCGGGUUCCUUGUGAACGCAGUUUGGGAAUCACCCGCGAAGAUUACUUUGAAUCUUAAUCCUGUUACGCGUAAACACACCAUUAGCAUACAACAAUGGCAGUCAUAACCCAACAUGGCUCCCUCAGCACUCUCGUUAAGACCAACUCGUCCAAACUUGCUAGCUCCAUAGCACUAGCAUACUCACAGCAAAGCGUCUACAACUGCAUCUACUCGGUUACAUUUGGGCGAUGUAAGCCCAUUGGGCCUAGGAGUUAGG